GUAACGAGCGGAGAGCCGCGGGGCCAGGGCGCGGCGGCACCGGCGGCACCACAGCCCAGCCCCGGCAGCGGCCGCAGCACCGCCCGCCCGCCCGCCCGCCCGCCGCCGCCGCAUGCCCGGGCGGGCGCCGCCGUCGCCGUCCAUGCGGGGCGGCGGGGCCGAGGCGGCGGCAUGAGCCAGAGCGAGGUGUCGCCGUGCGCGGCGCCGCCGCCGCCCCCCAGCCAGCGGGUGUUCCAGGAGGCGGUGCGGCGCGGCAACACCAAGGAGCUGCAGUCGCUGCUGCAGAACAUGACGAACUGCGAGUUCAACGUCAACUCCUUCGGACCCGAGGGGCAGACGGCGCUGCACCAGUCCGUCAUCGACGGGAACCUCGAGCUCGUCAAGCUCCUGGUCAAGUUCGGCGCCGACAUCCGCCUGGCCAACCGCGACGGCUGGAGCGCCCUGCACAUCGCCGCCUUCGGGGGCCACCAGGACAUCGUCCUCUACCUGAUCACCAAGGCCAAAUACUCCGCCGGCGCCCGGUGAUGCCGGGGCUGCCCCCGAUGCUCUCGCCCGCUGAUGCUGGGACCGCUCGCCCGGUGAUGCCGGGUCUCCCCCACCCCGCGCUUUCCCGGCCAUGCCGGGGACCCUCCCCGCUCCCCCGGCCGCCAGAGCUGCUCCCGCCCCCUCCCGGGGCGGGUUUGGCGAAGAUUUGGGGCCCCACGCAGAACAAGCCACAUUUUUAAGUUUUUUGAUUGUUUGCUGGGUUUUUUUUGUUUUUUUGUUUUUUUUUAAUCUUCCAAGGGUUGUUUCCUACUGUAACGUGGUUAUUUUUUCCUCCAUCUACCUCGGCUGCACUCACAGUAUUCACGGUUUCAGUUUGACAUCUGGGCAGAUGCUUUAACACCCCCCGCCCCGUUCCCUCCCCGCUAAUAUUUAAUCCUCCUCCCCGCCCCCCUUACCUCCGACCCUCCCAUUUAAAGUGUUCUGGCUCAGAAACUAAUUCAUUUCAACGCCCCCCAAAAGCCACCCCGCAGACCCCCACCGCUGCUGGGGUCCCCUGUCCGGUGCCAGCCCCGGACCCCCGGGCGCGAUAGCCCGUCCAUGGGCUGGCGCUCCCGGCCGGCCGCGGCCUUCCUGGCGAGGAGAAGCAGGAAAGUCUUCUUCCUCUCCAAGGUUUUCCCAGUGUUUUCCCACCGCUGACCUUUUUUUUUUUUUUGUCGAGGCGACUCCGUUGGAAUAUGACAGAUGUGGUUUUCUCACCCCUAUUGCUCCUGGGUUUUGUUGAUUUUGCGUUGGGUUUUCUGCUUUGGUUCUUCCUUGGGUGUCCGAAGAAAGUCGGCAUCCUCACCCGCUCCACGAAUCUGUUUAGCACACGUGAGAUCCCAGGAAAAGACAUUGAGUCCUUGUGGUUUUGUGUGUAAAGGGGGAUUAGCAAAUCCUGGACUGUUUUUUUUCUCUAAAAAAAAAAAAGUGAAAUAAACUCUAGAGGCAGAGGAUUUGCUUUUGCACAGAAAAGGGGCGCGAGCGCUCUCUGCUGCCUACAGAGAUGCUGGAAAACUACUGAAAAGAGUUUGGGAACUUUUUUUCUUUUGGUGAAACUUGGAUAACACUUCUCAAUGCAGAACGAUUCACUUGACGUACGUACACUCACCCGCCUUUUAUAGGAGAUAUAUAUCCCUCCGUAUAUAUCUUUAUAAAGGAAAGGGAGGAAGCAGAGCAAGCCACCCGAAGGCGCAUUUUGAAGUGACUGCACGUAUAAUCGCAAAUGCUGCUUUUUUAUUGCUAUGGCACAAGAACAUCCAUUUGGAAAAUGCGGAAAAGUUCAGAAGUCUCCUUUCUCCUGCUGGUCUUUCAGCCCUCUUCUCCUCGUCUGCACUAAAGCCAUCCAUAUCACUGCCAUCUCCCUGCUUUUUCCUCUCUUGCUCCCUGCAUCCAAACCAUUCUGAUUAAAAAAAAGAAAAUAGUUACCUGCUGGUUUAUUGGGGCUGUGUCUUACCUAUUUAUCAUGUCUGUAUAUAUUUGUGGGUGAAGAUUGUGAGCCUGGUUUUGUUUGAAGCUGAUGGUGAGUGUUUCAAAAAUAUGGUUUGGGAUACAUGCUUUUUUUGUUGUUGAUCAUUUUUUCUUCUAGUCUUAAAACUAAAAAAACCCCAACAACCUAGAGUCUGCCCUGAUUAUUUCCCAUUGCACUGAAUAUUCUGCUUUGUCUCUGAUAAUUUCACUUGCAGUUGUUUGCAUUUUGUUAGGUUUUUCAUUUGUUUUUGUUCUUUCUCCACUUCAACAAUUUGGGAUGAUUUUAAAAGCUCCAGAUUUAAAGAAGAAAAAAAGCCCUGUCAAAAGUGUCUACUGUUAUUGUUGUAAUUUGCAAGGAACUUUUGGCCGAAGUCUUUCUGUGAGCAUGGAAGGGGGUGUCCAGCACUUCCACUGGUGCUUCUGUGCGAUAGUUACAGGGUGGGAACAGGACCUUUCCUAGUGAGGUUUUAUCGUUGUUACCAGAUGGUUGCACACUUUUUUUUUUUUUUU